GCCGUGACGCGGUAGGGAGGAAACGCCGGCGCCCGGCCGCGCCGCCGGGAAGGAGGAACCUCCAGCGCGCUGGGCUCCGCGCCCGGGCGCCCGGGGACGCCGCGCAGCCCGGUUCCACAAUGGAGUUUGAACAUUACAUCAAGAGGUUUCAUAUUUUGGAUUAGCUCAUUGCAUUUGCCUUCUUCUGAGGGCUUUGAAACUUCAGAUCUAGUUUCUGUGUCCUUCAAAACAUUAAAUGCAGAGCGAUUGUACCAUGGACUGCAAGGAGAGCUGCCCAAGCGUAAGCAUCCCCAGCUCUGAUGAACACAGAGAGAAAAAGAAGAGGUUCACGGUUUAUAAAGUUCUAGUCUCUGUGGGCAGAAGCGAGUGGUUUGUCUUCAGGAGAUAUGCAGAGUUUGACAAACUUUACAAUACUUUGAAGAAACAGUUUCCUGCGAUGGCUCUGAAGAUCCCUGCCAAGAGAAUAUUCGGUGAUAAUUUUGACCCGGAUUUUAUUAAACAAAGAAAAGCGGGGCUGAAUGAAUUCAUUCAGAACUUGGUCAGGUAUCCAGAGCUUUACAACCAUGCAGAUGUCAGAGCAUUCCUUCAGAUGGACAGCCCCAGACAUCAGUCAGAUCCAUCUGAAGACGAGGAUGAAAGAAGCGCUCCGAAGCCACAUUCUACCUCACAGAACAUCAACCUGGGACCAACUGGAAAUCCUCAUGCUAAACCAACUGACUUUGAUUUUUUAAAAGUUAUUGGAAAGGGCAGCUUUGGCAAGGUUCUUCUUGCAAAACGGAAACUGGAUGGAAAGUUUUAUGCUGUCAAGGUGUUACAGAAAAAAAUAGUUCUCAACCGAAAAGAGCAAAAACAUAUUAUGGCUGAACGCAAUGUGCUCUUGAAAAAUGUGAAACAUCCGUUUUUGGUUGGAUUGCACUAUUCUUUCCAAACAACUGAAAAGCUUUAUUUUGUUCUGGAUUUUGUUAAUGGAGGGGAGCUGUUCUUCCACUUGCAAAGAGAGCGGUCUUUCCCUGAACACAGAGCGAGGUUCUAUGCUGCUGAGAUCGCCAGUGCCUUGGGUUACCUGCACUCCAUCAAAAUAGUGUACAGAGACUUGAAGCCAGAAAAUAUUCUCUUGGAUUCAAUGGGACAUGUUGUCUUAACAGAUUUUGGGCUUUGCAAAGAAGGAAUUGCUAUUUCUGAUACCACCACAACCUUUUGUGGGACACCAGAGUACCUUGCACCUGAAGUGAUCAGGAAACAGCCCUAUGACAACACUGUGGACUGGUGGUGCCUGGGCGCUGUUCUCUAUGAGAUGCUGUACGGACUGCCUCCUUUUUACUGCCGAGAUGUUGCUGAAAUGUAUGAUAAUAUUCUUCAUAAGCCCCUAAACCUGAGGCCGGGAGUGAGCCUCACGGCAUGGUCCAUUCUGGAAGAACUACUAGAAAAAAACAGGCAGAAUCGACUUGGUGCCAAAGAAGACUUUCUUGAAAUCCAGAAUCAUCCUUUUUUUGAAUCACUCAGCUGGACUGACCUCGUACAAAAAAAGAUCCCGCCACCAUUUAAUCCUAAUGUGGCCGGACCGGAUGAUAUCAGGAACUUUGACACAGUCUUCACGGAAGAAGCUGUUCCCUAUUCUGUGUGCAUGUCUUCCGACUAUUCUAUAGUGAAUGCCAGUGUUCUGGAGGCAGAUGAUGCAUUUCUUGGUUUUUCUUACGCCCCUCCUUCAGAAGACUUAUUUUUGUGAACAGUUUGAUGUUCAGAAACCAUUGGGCAAAUUCAAGCCUGCGGAGGAGACAGAAACACUGAUUUGUGUGAAUAUAUUCAACUAUGUAUAACAGUGCCUCAUUUUUACAUGUAAUGUUGAAAACUAUGAAAUACGUAUUUUCUGCUGUAAGCAAGAAAUAGGGCAUUUCAAAAGAGCUGAGUUUUGGACUGAAAUUUGUAUUCUUGUUUAUUAAGCUUAUUUUUAAACAAAAAUUUAAAGCUAUUAUUCUUAGCAUUAACCUAUUUUUAAAGAUAAUUUUUUGCUAUUGACUGUUUUUCCCUGUUAAGUUUACACUAACACACCCAAGAUAGACUGUUUUUAAUAGUCUGUUACAGUUAAGAUAAGAUGCAUUAAUAUCUUUAUAAUUCUAUGACUUUUAUCAUAGCAGAACUAUGCAAAUGGUACAUGGUGGUUUAAGAUGAACCCCUAUCUUCCCGUGAUAAGUUACUAUUUGAAAUUUGCUUCUUGGUAGGAGUCAAAUGCAAAGGCAGGUUAAACACCCUGGCUGCUCAUGGACAUUAACAGCUAGUUACUCACUUGCAGCCCGUAGAAGGAAACAAAAAGAAACCCUUUGCUUUUGAAAUACUCAGUUCUCAUUCAUGCACCAUUUUUCCUCUCAAGGAAAAGAAAAUAGCUAAUGGCUAGAAGUGUUCAAAACUCCCGAGGAACUGAGAAUUAAUAAAAAGCCUCCAGAUGUCUUUUAGUGGUGCCAAAAAUCAAUGUCUCUGUCGUAUAUUUAUAUUAUAAAUGUUUUCUAUUUAUGUUUCUUUUGACUCUGAAGGUUUAAUAGACCGUUGAGUGGGUCUAAACCUUGGUGUCUGUUUUUGCAAAUAGCUAUUUCAAAACUGCCUUCAUAAUCAAUCAAGUUUUUAAAAUGACAGGAAGAAAAAGUAGCUUCCUAUAAUGUUUACCUAAUUAUGAAUUAAAAAAUAAAAAAGCAAAUCUGGGUCAGUGUAAAUAUGUCACCUGCUGCACUGUAACAAAAGGUAACAGUAAUUUAACAGAUGCAUGUUCAGUAUUCCUUUGGUAGUGACAGGGACUGACCAUAAAAUACAUGUCAACUAACAUCUACAUCUCUAAUGGUAAAAGAUGUUAGGUAAAGAGAAGCCAUUUAAAAGGGGGUGCUUAGCUUGGGACCUCAGUUCUGGAGGACAGAUUUUUCAAGUCCUUCAGAGAACAGUAUCAUGAACUGUUCUACGAACAAACUUCCUUUUGUGUGUUGUCUUGACAAAGAUGACAGAAAUAUUUCUCACCAAUACCCUUUGGCAGAACGGGGAUAGGCAGUACUUGACAGGAGGUAUUUAUAUGCAGGACACUGGACAUCCCUUACAGGUGAAAUGUUCCCUCUUUACUGUACAUAUUUGAUUUGGGGCACUUCUGUAAGCUCUACUUUAAUACAGUUUUUUGUUGAUUAUGAAUCAAGACAAAAAUUGUACAUGUAUGAUUUUUUAUUCAGAUAUCCUUUAAUUAAAUUGCCAAAAAUUAAA